AAGAAGAGACUACAAAAAUUAUCUUACACUUCCAGUCUUCCAUUCAUUUCCAAAUGGCAGCCCUCCAAAUUCAUGGCACGGAAGCCGAAAUCUCUGCAGCGUUUCUAGUAGAUCGAAUCAUUGAUCUUCAUGAAAGCAUCUCGAAGCUUGAAACCCUAAGGCCAUGCAAGAAAGUGAACAACCUCUUCACCAACCUAGUGACCUUAUGCAUUUUGCCUUGUUCAAUAGAUGUCUCCACAUUGCCACCAAAUUUACAAGUCAUUCGUGAGAGCCUCAUAAUUUUAUGUGGCCAAGCUGAAGGCUUACUCGAGUUAGAAUUCUCAACUUUGCUAAGCAAAAUCCCAAAACCUCUCAACAACCUCACUUUAUUUCCAUAUUACCAAAACUACAUCAAGUUAGCCAACCUUGAAAACAAAAUUCUAAAUGACAAUGGAAUUGUCAAUCCCAAGAAGGUAGCUUUUGUGGGAUCAGGUCCUUUGCCUCUAACUUCAAUUAUUAUGGCCAUGCAACACAUGAAGGGCACACAUUUCGAUAACUACGACGUAGACAGUGUGGCGAAUGACGUAGCGAGAAAGAUCGUGGGGUCAGAUUCUGAUCUGGAGGGGAGAAUGAAGUUUUGCUCUAGUGAUAUUGUUGAUGUAAAAGAAGAGCUUGGAGGCUAUGAUUGUGUGUUUUUGGCUGCUCUCGUGGGGAUGAAUAAGGAAGAAAAAGUGAAGAUUAUAAGGCAUUUAAGGAAAUAUAUGAAAGAAGGUGGGAUUUUGUUGGUGAGAAGUGCUAAAGGAGGAAGAGCGUUUCUGUAUCCUGUGGUUGAAGUUGAAGAUUUGGUUGGCUUUGAGAUUCUCUCUAUUUUUCAUCCAACUGAUGAUGUUGUCAAUUCGGUUAUCUUAACUCGUAAGUUAGCCUAUGAUUAAAUGAGUGAAUUAUAUCUUGAAAUGUAUUUUUUUAAGUUUUUUUUUUUUGUUUGAAGGGAUUGUAUUUGUGUGUCGUAUAUGUUUUUCGUUUUUCAAGAAUUGAUGUCGUAUGUUUGUGCUGUACUUUGCUCAUUCUGGAAGUAUUAUUAUUGAGUCUAUUGAGUUUAAUUUAAUAUCAAUUUAAGUUAAUUGCAUGUGUUUCUUUAUUUUAACUAAUAUAUAUUGUGUAUUUAUCUUCAUUUAAUGACUGAGUUUGUUAAGAAAAAUAUAUUAUUCAAAAGUUACCUGAUCUACUCUUUUCAUUGUAUUGCUAAUUUCCUUGAACAAUUGUAGAAUUUCAUUGGCCGUAA